CAAUACAUGGAAAGACCGGAUGCACUGGAAAUAGAGCAACCAGCUGCGUUCAAUAACUUCAUUGCAAGACUGAAAUGGUUCAAGUACAUGGAUUGGAAGAAAAUUGACCCUACAAGUCUGGAAUACAUCAUGACGCCCGUAUUGAUUGGCAAUCCAGGGAGUCAUUAUGUGUGCUUUGUUGUCAAUUUGAAAAGCCACAAAUUCCAAUUCCUAAACAGCAUGUAUGGAGAUAAGUUGGAUUUGGACCCACCAAAUAUAUACAAAAAGAUGUUUGAUGUAUGGUUGAAGGAGGUGAAUGCAUUUCUUAUAGGAUUGUAUACUCAUAAAAAAAAUGCCAUUGCCUUUCCACUUUAGCAAAUUUAGUUGGGAAUCUCCAAGAAUGCCAACUCAAAUUGAUAAAGACAAUUGUGGAGUCUUCUGCAUGAAGUUCCUUGAAGAAUGGCAAGGUGACCAUAACAUCCAAAUGGAGUCUUUCAAAAAUUGGAGCCAACUCGGAAAGCGAGACAAAAUUGCAAGGGUGAUGGACUUCAGAAUUGGGAUAUUGUCCACAAUUUUAACCGACUCCAGCAAUUCAAUAAGACAAAAAGUGGAAAAGAAUGCAACUUCUUACUGUGAAGAACUGACUCAAAAGCUAGG